AUGAGACUCCUGCAAGGAUCUUCGUGCUCAAGUGCAUCAGAUAUAGCAGAAUUUUCAGAAUGGUUGUUGACUAUAGGUGAUGGCAAGGUCGGACAGCCAGUUAACGGCGAAUCAGAAAUUCAAAUACCAGAUGAAAUCCUUAUAAAAAACUCAGAAACCGGUUUUGAAGACUUGGUCAAUUAUACCUACCCUGAUUUGUUGCGUAACAUGUCUAACUCUGAAUACUUCAGGGAAAGAUCCAUUUUGGCCCCCACGAUUGAACUGGUUGGAAAGGUCAAUGAUACAUGUUGUCUCGGGGUCUCGACAGAAGAAAGGGAAUACUUGAGCUCUGAUUCAAUAUACAAAGAAGACGGCAAUGUUGAGAGUGAACUGGAUGCAUUUUCCCCCGAGGUAUUGAAUGCGAUGAACUGUUCAGGACUGCCACCGCGUAAGUUGAGUUUGAAAAUUGGAGUCCCAGUAAUAUUAAUGAGAAAUAUCGACCAGUCCAACGGAUUGUGUAAUGGAACAAGAUUGACGGUGAAGAGAUUUGGAGACCAUGUCAUUCAGUGCACCGUUCUAACUGGGACUAAAGCUGAAUCUACUGUACUGAUUCCUAGGAUGACCAUGAAUACAAAUAACACAAAUCUACCGUUCCAAUUUCAGAGACGGCAGUUGCCUAUAUGUGUCUGCUUCGGUAUGACAUAA